AGGAAACAGGGAAGGUAAGUCCACAGUGCAGGUGCAGGAGGCAGGUAGCUACCUGGAGUUAUUCUAGUCAAAUCCAAGGCUCGAAGUUCCCAAAUUUCCCAAGAAGACAGUGAUAGAGACCAAAAACCCAGGGUUUAUCUCUCAUGCUACCGAGAAUUCUGCAGGAAGAAGCAGCUUAAGAAAAAACUGAACCAAAAUGACAACUACCCAAUUCGAUUGUCAAUACUGCACAGCAUCUCUUCUUGGGAAGAAGUACGUACUGAAGAACGACAAUCCAUACUGCGUUUCCUGUUACGAUCGUAUUUUCUGUAACUAUUGUGAGGAGUGCAAGGAACCAAUUGAAUCAGACUCCAAGGAUCUUUGUUACAAAGGCCGACACUGGCAUGAAAGAUGCUUCCGUUGCGCCAAAUGCAAUCACUCUCUGGUGGAAAAGCCUUUUGCUGCCAAGGAUGAGCGGCUGCUGUGCUCAGAGUGUUAUUCUAACGAGUGCUCCUCCAGGUGCUUCCACUGCAAGAAGACCAUCAUGCCUGGUUCCCGCAAAAUGGAAUUUAAGGGAAACUACUGGCAUGAAACCUGCUUUGUGUGUGAGCAUUGCCGACAGCCAAUAGGAACUAAACCUUUGAUUUCCAAAGAGAGUGCCAACUAUUGUGUGCCAUGUUUUGAGAAGGAAUUUGCUCAUUACUGCAGCUUUUGUAAGAAGGUGAUAACUUCAGGUGCGAUAACGUUUCGUGACCAGCCAUGGCAUAAAGAGUGCUUUCUGUGCAGUGGCUGUAGGAAAGAGCUCUGUGAAGAAGAGUUUAUGUCCAAAGAUGAUUAUCCAUUCUGUGUGGACUGCUACAACCAUCUUUAUGCCAAAAAGUGUGCAGCCUGCACAAAACCCAUUACUGGUCUCAAAGGUGCCAAGUUUAUCUGCUUUCAAGACCGGCAGUGGCAUAGCGAAUGCUUUAACUGUGGGAAGUGCUCAGUCUCCUUGGUGGGGGAAGGCUUCCUGACCCAGAACAAGGAAAUCUUCUGUCGCAAGUGUAGCUCUGGAAUGAACACAGACAUCUAGGGGGAGACUGUCCUCACCUGAAGUCCACCUUGCUUUUGUUCUCACUAAAUCCAGAACUUGCUUGAAGCAGUA